UCUCUGGACCUCCAAAGACUCUUAAUUCUGCAUUGGUCCCCUUGGGGAGGCAGGUGCUGAUGAGCUUAGCGAUGUGGCCAGUGUGUUAAGCUGUGCGCAUCGUCUCAUUUGAAUCCCUGGAUGCUCAAUCAUCAGCUCAACCAUACGUAUCCGCAACAUUCUCCAGCUUGAAAAUUUAAACAACCUUCGCCCCACCCCUCCUGCUCCAUAGGGACUGAUUCUUCAGUACUACAGAACUGUCCAGCUCGCUCCCAAUCGACGGUGUCUUUUAUUGUGAUCGGUUUCCGAGCGGCAUGUCAUCGAGGUCCUCCGGCGAGAAGAUGGCCGGGUUCGCCGAUCUGCUUCGAUCCCGUCUCCGGGCGCUCUUACCGUUAGGAUUGAUAUCGAUGUUCGGGCUAUCAAUCUACUUCUUCUUCUGCUCUCUCACGUCACACGACCCGGAGGUCGGCUUCGAGGAGAUCCAACACCCUCACUUCCGGAUUGACGGGCUGGGACGCGUUGGGACGCCGGACUUCAGCCGGGCAGGCGGCCUGAUAUUCGACAGUGACAAUCAACCUGCCGCGGCGCCGGAUCUCAAGGUGUACGAGCCCGACCAGCUGAUGCGUCUUCCGAUCCUCCAUCGUACUUCCCAGGAUCCAUUCGACCUCAGGAACGGGUUCAAAGCUCUGCGUGAUUCGAAAUCCCCUUGGCUGGCGAGCACCCCGGCCGGCGUGAUGCUGAUCAACCGACUCAGUAGGAACCGGUUCCCUCCCGCGGACUCGAUCGAUCCAUCUCGCGGAAGCUUGCCCCCACCCCCGCCAGUCUGGCCACCCCCAAACUUACUAAAGGAGAAACACCAUUCGCUUAAAACUCCUAUUCCGAAGCACUUGAUAGCCGGCUUGAAUACCAGCUAUGUCUGGCAGGGCAAAGAUCGGAUCCUAGAGGGCAAGUUGCCGAAGAUCCAGUGGGCCGGGUUCGAUAAGCCGAACUGGGAAACCCCCGCAGAUCGGGCCAAUCGGCUGGAGCGCCAGGGCUGGGUCAGACGUGGAUUUCAACACGUCUGGGAGGGUUACAAAGCCAGAGCUUGGGGGCAUGACGAAUUGAAACCCAUCUCAGGAUCGUUCCAAGAUCCGUUUGCUGGCUGGGGUGCCACCCUGGUUGAUUGUCUUGAUACCCUAUUAAUAAUGAAUCUGACCCUUGAAUAUAAUUACGCAAGGACGCAUGUCAAGGCUAUCGAUUGGGCCUACACUAUAGACAUCAACAGGAUGGGUCGCUACGGAUCCUACUCCACAAACCAGCCAAUGAUCUCCUUCUUUGAGACCGUCAUUCGCUAUAUGGGUGGACUCAUCUCGGCUUAUGACCUAUCGGGAGACGAGCUGAUGCUCGAAAGAGCAGAAGAUUUGGCGGAAUGGUUGGUGCCGGCUUUUGGAACUUCUUCCGGACUGCCUGCCUCUCGUUAUCAAAUCGGAUCGAAUCCUCUUGGCGAACAGACAGGAAGAGUUUGUAUAGCCGAAAUCGGAUCAUUGACGUUGGAGUUUACUAGGCUUAGUCAGCUCACGUCGAAGGGGUUUUACUAUGAUGUGGUACAAAAAAUAACCGAUCUACUAGAUGGAGACCAGUGGGCCUCUUCCAGUCGACCAGGCACACUGUUUCCCACUCAUGUCAAUCCUCAGUCUCCCCAAUUGCUUUCCGGACAGUACACCUUCGGUGCAAUGGCCGACAGCUACUACGAGUAUCUAAUAAAACAGCAUCAGCUAUUACGUGGAACGAACUUGCAGUACAGUAAGAUGUACACUUCAGCUAUCGAGUCGGCACGCGCACAUCUUAUCAAAACAUAUGACCUCGAAUCCUCUGGUGGCAAAAAUCUUACAGUGAUUGGCGAUCUUUCUUGGGGAAUGUUCAAGCCUUCUCUCGACCAUCUAACUUGCUUUUCGGGCGCCAUGAUUGGCUUAGGAUCCCAGCUUCUAGGGCGAGAGAAAGAUCUGGAUCUGGCUCUGGGACAUGCAGAUGCUUGUGUGUGGGCAUAUGAAUCAACCAAAACGGGUGUCGGGCCAGAACGAAUCUCAAUCACAGAAGGUGAUGAGCACACGCGAUGGCAACCAGUUUUCCACGAAGGUCAGAAAUAUCGCGAGUUGAAGUCAAACCCGUUACCUGGCGCCUCAAUCCAGGAUGGUCGGUACCUUGGCAGGCCGGAGACAAUAGAAUCGGUGUAUUACAUGUGGAGAAUCACCGGUGAUCGUCAAUGGCAAGAUCGAGGAUGGAGAAUGUUUACUAGCUGGAUGGAAGCGUGCGCGACAAAAUUUGGCUUUGCUGACUUGGAGCAAGUUAACCAAUGGCCACCGCAGCUGUCGGAUAAACAAGAAAGCUUUGUUCUGGCGGAGACUUUCAAAUAUUAUUAUCUCCUAUUUUCUGACCCUGACUUGAUUUCGCUUGAUGAUUAUGUGCUCAACACUGAAGCGCACCCGUUCCGAAUUGAAACGCCUGAAAAACCUGUCAAAAGCUUCUGGGGUGGACCAGACCCAGAUCUCGAUAAUUCAUAUGAUCCGCCUGGGAUGAAGGAAGGUGAAAGAGGAUUUGGAACGUUCUUGCAGCAAUGGUCAAGGGUCGAUCUCGACAAAAUCAGCGAGACAGAUCGGCAAGUCUACAACAAAGUCAUGGGGGCCCAUGCCUAGAGAAAAAUCUAGCAGGCUACUUUCAAGGCUUCCUAGUUAUAGAAUAGAUAUAGAAUAGAUAAAGCACGUAAAAUGGGUUUCUGCAUACGCUUCAACGAUAAUCCAUUUAUUCAAAUUUCUCCUCCCGGUAGGGAGCAAAUCACACAUUGACAAAAACUCUGUAACAUAUCUUCAUGUCUCCAAACGUUCAACACCAGCACCUAGUAUGUAUCAACCUCUUCACUGCCAGUCAUUUCCAAAGCUGUAAAAUCACUCGUUUUAAGAAUGAUCCGCUAGAAUCCAAUCACUAAGAAAGUAGUCUCACUAAUUCCUAGCUUCCCUUGAAAUUUUCUCGAGCUUGUGGCUCAUCUAUUACAUGUAUUCGAUUGUUCCAAACUUUUAACUGAUUAGAUCCCCAAUUGACGCAUAAGUAUAGCAGCUUUUUGAAUUCACAAGUUUUUUAGUAGCUCUUCUCUCUAACUCGUUUGUUUAAUUUGCAAUAAUCUUAGAAAUUUUCAUU